UUGUGCCUUUGCAUUUUAAUUGACUUUUACGUGAUAUUUUUACGAUAUGCAACCGAUUUACUUUUUAAAGCGCUAUUCAAGUUUAAUUUAAAACUAGAAGCUUGCCAUUGUUGUUACUGAGCGUCCAGGAAUGCCUGGUGGAAUGGCGUUCUCGGCGGCAUUGCGGUCUUUAAGGAAUAUUCGAUUUUCUCGAGGAGGUAAGCACAAAGGGGAAACCAGUUUUUCAGUUAUCUACCUUGGAAGCGUACAAAUAUUGUGUCCUGUUGGAGAGGGAAUAUGCGGCUCUGUGGAGGAAAUUUACGAGAACUGCCGAAUAAAACUGAAACAAAAGUUGUUGCCGAAACAGUCUCUACAAGUUAAAGACGAUUCGUUUGAGCUGAGUAAAGUAAAUAUAGAGGACCAAGGAACAAAAACCGUUUAUAAGUUCAGCAGGAUUGUGUACUGCGGUGUUGACGCCAAACGAAGGAAGAUACUGGUGUUUAAUUAUCAUCAUUGUGAAGGAGAAGAUGGAGAUGUUUAUCUGACGCAUGCUUUUAUGUGUGAGAACAAGAGUGCGGCUAAACAUCUGGCAUUAACAGUGGCAGAAUAUUUUCAGACACUGACAUGUCUUGUUACGCAAGACGUCGAUGAGGAUAUAGACGAAAAUCCAGAAGUGGAAACGAAAGCAGAAGCCUUAAGCAACACGACGGAUAACGACGACAACGCGGGAAACCGUAAUUCAGAGGGUGGAAUCGAGUUAGGAAGUGUUACUAGUAGCAGUCAGGCUUAACUUCGUAAAUGAUCCCAUCACAAUCCUUGCUGAUUCAGACGUGAUGAAGAUCUAAUUGUUUUCUCUUUUUUGCAAUGGCAAUACAUUCUCAAUUAGAUAGGCAAUAAGACUUACAUCAGGUCUACAGAACAAGCAUCUAAACGAAUUGAUGGUACAUGAAGGAAAAGCAACGUUUUGAGCUUGAGGUGGCUUACUACAGUUUUAUCGAGCGUAAGUAGCACGCUUUACGAUUGUCUACCUGAUGACAGUAUUAGUGGCAAAAAAUGACGCAAGUAAUUCCAGGAGGAAACGAAAUCACGUUACUACUUGUACUGGCCUGUUGAAAAUGGGCAAUUUUGCAUAAAUUUAAUCGGCCAUUUUGAUUGAUUGUGCGGUAUUUCGAACUUUGCUAGAUUUCACAAAAAUGUGAACUCGCUGGAACUUUGAAAGUACAUUUCUGAAAAUA